AUGGCUCCUAAAAACUAUAUUUGUUCAUUUUGCGCUAAAACUUUUACAAGGUCAGAGCACAAACGAAGACACGAACGGGUUCAUCGUGGAUCAAAGCCAUUUUCAUGUCUGGUGUGUUCGCAAAAUUUUGUUCGGCGAGAUCUUCUACAGCGGCAUAUAAGAACGGUUCAUCGGGACAUUGUACAGCGCAAGUUGUCGAUUUUAUGUUCUCGCGAAUUUAGCAAAGAUGUUCAAGAUUCCGUAGUAAACUCAUUCAUUGGAACUCAGAAGGAUAGCGACAAUCCAAUUCCGCAAAUUGGCAAGGCUCAAAAGUGCGAAUCACUGAUUUUCUCGACUCCCGUAAUGUCAGGUGAACUUAGCGAAGUGCUUGUUGCGCAUAUCAAGGAUUUGUUGUAUGACGAAAGUUUGAGCCAGGCGCUGAAAGAUCAAAUUGAAAAAGAUGCUGUUUACUGGUUUGACAGUGGCAUGCGCUACGUCGUUUCGCACAAUGUGUUUGCUGCUGGUGUAGCGCUCAAAUUGAGGUUUGGCAUGAAAUCUACGCAGUCGUUUGCUUUACUCUGUAAAAAUUCUCCUGCGAUUGCAGCGCUUGUGACCGUGGGAUGCUUUGCGAAGGGCGGGCCCGCGCAAUGUUUUAAGCGGCUGUGGCAUGUUACCUGGCAGUUUGGCACCAGCGUGCCUGUUCGGCAAAGUCUAGCCGCUUUCAACCUACUCAUUCACCUUUAUGCUCAUUUAAAGGAGAACGAAACACCAGUGGGCAUCCUCGAGAUUGGUCAAACGUAUCAGCAAGCUUUGCAAACUAUUGUCGAUCUUGCGUCUUCGCAGAAAGUCUUUGAAACACAAGAAGAGCUGUGGACUGUUUUCAGCCAGUUCGUCAGUAUGGCUUUCAUAUCGCAGCGUUAUAGUCCAUCUUGCCAGACUCUUUAUCAGUGGUUCGCAAGCCAAAAGUGCUAUAAUGAUAAAAGCCUUUACGAAUGCAUUGAGGGCAUAGGGAAAAUCACUGAUUUGGCCCUCCCUCAACAUGCACUCGACGCUAUAGUUAAAGCGCUACUCUAUAACGUUUCCUGUCCCAGCCCAACCCACUUUCAGAAUCACACCCACGAAACUAUACACACCGCAUUGGUCGUCUUAAAUGGCGCCAUGAGUCAUGUUUCAUGCGAUUCGACAACACCCGAUAGAGAUAUGCUUAAGAGUUCCUUCGAAAUGUGGUCUCUUCACGUUACUGUUACGGCAGCUCGUUCUAAGAUCUCCAAUAUGCUCACGCAACAUUUGAGUAUCCCGAGUAACGAGACUCAUUGGGAACUUUUAACAGUUACUUGGUUCGAACUAAUCUGGAGUUGCUGUGACGGUUGCUACACGGGAGAGUCGAAGCAUUGCACUUGGUUCAUUUACCAUUAUUUGAGAGAUGAAGGUGGUGAACUUUCACUGGAAAAUAUGAAAUCUGCUUGGCCCACGUCCAAUUGUAUCAACAACAGUUUGGCAAUAUGUGUUUUUCCUGUGAUUGGCAUGUUAGCAGUGCAAGAGAAUAUCUCGUGGGAAGGCUUUUCUGCCAAAAAUCUCAUGUUAAUCGUUGACACCAUCACAUUUCAGUUGACACUUUUCGAUCUCAUGAUACCCUCCGAUCCUAAUAUGGCAGGUGGAGCUGCAAAGAAUGCUAUUGGGGAAUACCUUUUCGAAAACCCCAUAAUCCAGGUUUUAAUGGUCGUUUGGAGUGAAACUAUUUCUUUCAGAGGCACGAAGGUAUCAGCAAGCGCUGAGGAAGAUAUGCUGCUGGUCAAAGAGUUUGUCGAGACAUAUGCGCUUAAACCAAAAAGCUGCUAUAGUCAACAACUUUCCAAUAAAGAGGCCCGUAUGCAAAGUGGAAAGAGUCAUAGAACAGUUCCCGUUGGCUUUUACGUUUUACAACAUAAUAUCACUUCGAUGUGUCGUAAGUUUCUCGUUUCUUUGACUUCGAAAUGCAACUUCCAAGGUAUCACGACAGAUGCAACUCUCGAAACGCUCAUCAAUGAACUUGAGAGGAAAGAGAAUUUGCUCAAAACUCUCAUUCAAAGGGAUCAUAAGAUUCAAUUGCGUGGAUCACAUUCGCGUCCUUCAAUGCCAAUUUUAAAUUUUGAUUUAAAAACAAGGCAAAAUCUUUCUAGCAUGCGAAACCAGUAUAUUUCGGACUUGUACGGUCACCCAAAUAGCACCGCGAGUCUAAAAAGUUUGCGGGAACUUUGA